AUGUCUCCAAUUCAUCGAAUGACCUCUGGGUUGAGUUACUACCCCCAUGCUGCUAUGCCUAUACCCAGACCAGUUUCUGGAGUUGUUUUGGAGACCCCAGAGCAGCAAGUGCUAGAUUCGGAGCAGCUGAGGAUGUUAAAACAGAAGUUGGAGGAUAUCGGGAUUGACGGCAAUGCUUGUAAGCCAGGGCAAUACUAUGGUUUAGUGUGUCCAAACUGCAAAGGUGGAGAUUCAGAAGAGAAAAGCUUAUCUCUUCACAUCACAGAAGAUGGUGCUGCAGCAAUGUGGACCUGCUUUCGGGCUAAAUGUGGGUGGAGAGGCACUACUAGGGCCUUUGCUGAUGUAAAAUCUACUUAUGCAAAAAUGAAUAGAACCAGCAAAGUAAAACAACCAUUCAGAGAAAUCACAGAGGAGAGUUUGGAACUGGAACCAUUGUGCAAUGAGCUACUUGCAUAUUUUGCUGAGCGAAUGAUUUCUGGAGAAACACUGCGAAGAAACUCUGUAAUGCAAAAAAGAAGUGGCAACCAGAUUGCCAUUGCUUUCACCUAUCGACGGAAUGGAGAACUUGUGAGCUGCAAGUAUAGGGAUAUUACUAAGAAAUUUUGGCAGGAAACAAAUACUCAAAAGAUUUUUUAUGGACUGGAUGAUAUAAAGGGAGCUAGUGAUAUUAUCAUUGUUGAAGGUGAAAUGGAUAAGCUUGCAAUGGAAGAAGCUGGUUUUAAAAAUUGUGUGAGUGUUCCAGAUGGUGCACCUCCAAAAGUCUCAAACAAAGAGCUGCCUUCUGCUGAAGAGGACACAAAGUAUCAAUAUUUAUGGAACUGCAAAGAGUACAUUGAAAAGGCAUCUCGCAUAAUACUUGCCACAGAUGGGGACCCACCUGGUCAAGCCUUGGCUGAAGAACUUGCCCGCCGCUUAGGGAGAGAAAGGUGUUGGCGAGUCAAAUGGCCAAAGAAGAAUAAUGCUGAAUCUUUUAAAGAUGCAAACGAGGUCCUUAUGUAUAUGGGUCCUGCUGCAUUGAGGGAAGUCAUUGAAAAUGCUGAACUUUAUCCCAUAAAGGGGCUGUUCAAUUUUAAAGAUUACUUUACAGAGAUUGACCAAUAUUAUCAUCAAACACUUGGCUAUGAGCUUGGAGUUUCGACUGGAUGGAGGGCUUUGAACGAAUUAUAUAAUGUUGUGCCGGGAGAGUUGACUAUUGUUACUGGAGUUCCCAAUUCGGGUAAGAGUGAGUGGAUUGAUGCUCUUUUGUGCAAUCUUAAUCGAAGUGUUGGAUGGAAAUUUGCACUUUGUUCUAUGGAGAAUAAGGUCCGGGAGCAUGCAAGGAAACUUUUGGAGAAACAUAUGAGGAAGCCUUUCUUUGAUGUAAGGUAUGGAGAAUCUGUUGAGCGGAUGAAUGUUGAGGAGUUGGAACAAGGAAAGAGAUGGCUCAGUGAUACAUUUUCCCUAAUAAGGUGCGAGAAUGAUUGCCUCCCAAGUAUAAAUUGGGUUCUUGAGCUUGCAAGAUUCUCAGUUCUAAGGCAUGGAGUAAAUGGGCUUGUUAUUGAUCCAUAUAAUGAGCUUGACCAUCAGCGUCCUCCUAGCCAGACUGAAACAGAGUAUGUAAGUCAGAUGCUGACAAAGAUCAAACGAUUUGCUCAACAUCAUUCAUGUCAUGUUUGGUUUGUAGCACAUCCAAGACAGUUGCAUAAUUGGGUUGGAAAUCCCCCGAAUUUGUACGACAUCAGUGGGAGUGCACACUUUAUAAACAAAUGUGAUAAUGGAAUUGUUAUUCAUCGUAACAGGGAUCCAGAUGCUGGCCCUAUAGAUACAGUUCAGGUUUGUGUUCGGAAGGUACGGAAUAAAGUCGUAGGAACUAUUGGCGAUGGUUACUUGUCCUAUAACAGGGUGACUGGUGAAUACAUGGAUCUUGAUCAGUGA